GUGGAGCUGGACGCGGCGAAGAAGGAUCAGUUUGGGCUCAUCGAGCUUGGCGACGAGGGGAAGGAAGGCGAUGAGGAUGAUGAAGAUGAAGAGGAGGGCGACGACCUCGUUCAGGAGAUGUACGUCUUCCUCCACGGGUCGGCUACAUAUCACAGCUCGCUGACAGGAGAGCGCAGCUGGCGACACGGCGAGGUCAUUGGUGAGGGAGCUUUCGCAGGCGCCACAAGGCUAUAUCCAGCGAGCAUUGUGGCCGAAAGUGUCUGCUUGAUCCAGGUGCUGCGAAGGAAGGAGAUCUUCGACGCUAUGGCCGAACGGCAGGGCCGUGACAAAGAGCUGUUGGAGCGGCUCGUGAAUGAGGCCCAGCCCUACGGCUUGACGCAGCUUCGGAAGAGGUUGCAGCGGAGUUGGUCUUUCCGAAAUGCAGCCCCGGGCUUUGCCAACUCGCUUGUGACGCUUCCAGACGUCGUGUUGUUCCCUCCCAACCAUAUCAUCACCGAACAGGGCGAAGAGUGCAAGCUCGGAAAGAGCGACUUCUACUUGGUGCUCGCCGGCCGAGUGAGGGUGGAGGGAGCCGUGGGUACCCACUUCAGCACUGUGGGGGCCGGCCAGGUGUUUGGCGAAGUGGGCGCCUUCGGUCUGUCCAAGCGCCGCACGGCCAGCGCCCGGACUUGGGAGGAGGGGUUGGUGUGCUGCCUCCGCUUCCGCGGCUCCGUGGUGAAGAAUUCGGCCUUCGCUUUCCCUCUCGACAAAGACAAGCUGGCGCAAAUCUGGAAGCGGACCGAGAUGAAAAACAGAAGCACGGAACUGGAGCGGCGGGAGUGGAUUAAGACAACGGCGAUCCCGGCGCUGGCCCAGACGCCUCUGCUGGGCGGCU